AUGGCAACAACAACGGAAACUCUGCCUUCUGACACAGAAGUGACGCCCUCCACGUCAAAACCAGCCCUUUCGUCAACAUCGUGGUUGUCGAAAGUCCAUCCUUACUUCAAGGAUCCCGAGCACGUCCUUGUCCUCAAACUGGACAUUCUCCUGCUAUCAUGGGCCUUCGUUGCCGGUCUCAUGAAAGACAUGGACCAGUCCGCCACAACAGCAGCCUACGUGUCCGGCAUGCAGGAGUCCCUCUCGCUCUACGGCAAUGAGCUGGUCGAGUUCACGACUUACUUUUCCAUUGGCUACGCCCUCUUCAUCGUCCCUUCCCAGCUCAUCCAAACCCGCGUGCGCCCAUCGCUCUGGCUGCCCUUCUGCGAGGUAGUGUGGGGUGCCAUUACGCUUGCGACUUUUGCCGCCCGCAACGCAAAGACGGUCUUUGGCCUGCGAUUCGCCUUGGGCGUGUUCGAAGCAACGUCUUGGCCGGGCAUCGUCAACCUAAUCUUCAACUGGUACACCCCCUCGGAACUUGGCAAGCGUCUCGCCAUCUUCGGCGUGAGCAGCGUCGCUGGGAGCAUGUUCCUGGGCAUUUUACAGGCCGCACUGUACAAGAACCUCAACGGAGUACAUGGUCUCGAAGGAUGGCAGUGGCUCUUCGUCGUGUCGGGUAUCAUGACAAUCGUGUGGGGCCUGUACGGAUUUCUCGUCAUCCCUGAUGCGCCAACGACAACCAGAGCUCUGUGGCUUACCAAAGAAGAGCGCGCCCUGGCCGCCUCUCGGAUGGCCAAGUCAGGCACGACAACACAGGAGAUCAUCAAAGGCAGGGCUCUCUGGAACAAGGUCAAAAAGCUCCUCACCUCGCCAGUGGCGUACCUGUUCCUUGCCGCCUAUCUCCAGUUUGCGUGGUCGCAGCGCGCAAACUCUUACUUCCUGCUGUAUCUGAAGGGUCUCAAAGACGGGGAGGGCAACGCGCUGUACUCAGUGUACACCGUCAACCUGAUCCCUUUGGGUGGCUACGCUAUCUCCAUCGUGUCGAACAUCUCACUCAACGCGCUGAGCGACUGGAAGAACUGGCGUUGGCAGGUGGGCGUCGGGGCCGCACUCCUACAGCUCGUUGCGACUUCGGUAUUGGCAGCGUGGCCGGGCGGCCGCGGCACGAUCAUGACGUUCUAUUUCCUGACGUUUGCGACGGCGGCGUGGGGAUAUGCCUUGCUCGCAUGGCUGGCCAUCAUUCUGCGCAAAGAACCGGAGGCGCGGUCUGUGAUUGUUGGUGUGGCCGUGACGUUGGUGUACGUCGGCCAUGCGACGAUUCCGCUCCGAGCAUGGCGGACCGCGGACUCUCCGCGAUAUCCAAUCGGGUUUCCGCUAGCAGCAGCAUUCAGUGUGGGUAGCAUUGCGGCGAUGAUGGGAAUGUACUGGUAUGUAAAGCGGUAUCCUGACAUUCUCGACUUUGGUCUCAAUUGGAGGGCCAUCAAGGAGGCUGGGGAUAGCGUCGCCACUCUGGACAAGGUCGAGGUUGAUGGCGAGAGGGACGAACAGGGCAAAGGUGAAGAACACAUCAAAAAAGACAGUCCGGCAGAGCAACCAGACAUCAAAGCCAUUCAUCCGAGCUCCUCGAACGUUCAAGGACAGUCUGAAAUAACCAAAGCACCACAAGAUGGCAUCCUUGACGAGGCCGCCGAGUUCUUGGCGAACGCAAACGAUUAUCCGCCAAUGACCCCGGAAAUGGAGAAGAAAAUUGUCAAGAAAAUCGAUGCUUGGAUGAUUCCACUUUUACUGUUCACCGCCACCCUCGGAGCGGUCGACAAAGUCCAGAUGGGAACGGCAUCUCUCUAUGGCUUUCAGACGGAUAAUGGGUUUGUUGGACAACAAUAUAGUUGGCUUGGAAGUGUUCUACCCUUGGGACAACUGAUCGGUUAUGUCAUCGCAUCUUACCUUGUCCUCCGAUUUCCACCCGCCAAGUUUCUAUGCGCCGCAUCCCUACUCUGGUCGGUUUUGACGCUUUUACAUGCACCAUGUCGAAAUUGGUCUGGGUUUAUGGCUCUUCGGUUCUUCAUGGGCUUCAUCGAGGCUGCCAUUUCCCCGUCAUUGACGAUACUCGUCUCGAGCUUUUACACGAAGAAGGAACAGCCCCCAAGGAAUGCCAUCAUCUUCGCGUACUUCUCCUCGGUCUUCAAUGGCUUCUUUGCUUGGCUAGUUGGCAAAAUUCCGGACUCAGCCCCUCUUCUAAAAUGGCAAUACCUGUACCUCCUGACUGGUACCAUCAACGUUCUUUACUCGAUAUUCAUCUGGUUUACCCUACCAGACAGCCCCAUGAACGCUCAUUUCUUGACUGACGAGCAAAAGUACUAUGCGACCAAGCGUCUCGCUGCGAAUCGCACUGGUAUUGCCAACAAGGUCUGGAAAUGGGAUCAAGUCUGGGAAGCUUUGCUGGACAUUAAGAUUUGGAUCAUUUUCGUUUUCAACAUUUUCAUCAAUAUUCCGAAUGGAGGCCUCGUCAACUUUGGCAGCAUCAUUAUCAACAACCUGGGUUUCACUUCCCUGGAAGCUAGUCUCUUGACCAUGCCGUUCGGCGUUCUGGCUACAUCUAGCGCCUGGGCAUUUAGCUAUCUAGCAGCUCGAUGGCAUAACCGGAGAACUCUUGUUGCUGGUAUCGCUCUCUUGCUGCCCAUCCUUGGAACGGCACUAGUUCAUGGACUUCCAAGAACGAAUAUCGCAGCGCAGAUGGUCGGGCUAUAUUUCAUGUACUUCUACUGGCCCCCGUACGUGGUCGGCAUCUCUCUCCCGCAAGCCAACACCGCAGGACAGACCAAAAAGGCUGUCUGCUUCAGUUUGGUUCAAGUUGGUUAUGCUGCUGGCAACUUGAUUGGACCGCAGACAUUCAUCUCAACCCAAGCACCGAAAUACAACGGGGCGGUCAUUGCGAUGCUUACGAGCUACGUUGUCAGCAUGGUGUUGAUGUUGGCUUACUGGCUGGUGGCGCUCUUGGAGAACAAGAGACGUGACAAGAAAUAUGGCAAGCCGGAAGCGGUUCACGAGGGAACGGUCGACGGGUUCGUAGAUAUCACGGACAAGAAGCAGAAGGACUUCAGAUACACCACUUAG